AUGAAAAAUUAAAAUAAAUCAAAUAAAAGUAAGUAAAUAAAUUAAUUAAAAAAGUUAUUUUGUUUUAAAUUCAUUUUGACAUUAAAAAUAUCACAAUCCAAAACAAACAAAUAAACUGGUUUUACUCAAAAUCAAGAUCAAGUGUCAAAUUUGAGAGAUUAGUGUACCUUCCUAAAAAAGAGCCCAAGCAUAAUGCACCUUCAUAACCAAUUUAGUUUUUACUUUUUAAAUAUAGAAGAAAAAAUAUAUACUUAGUUAAUUUGUUUGCUAUAAGGAAAAUUUUAAUUAUAUGAAAUGAAUAUAUUAGUAAUAAAAGCAAAAUUUAAAUAUGAAAAAAUAAGUUAAAUUAAUAAAUCAAAAAAAAGUCACACAAGCACAAUAAAAAAAAAUAAAAAAAAUGAAAUAAAAACAAAUUAAAAGAUAGAGAUUAUUUUAAAUUAGUUUUUUAUUUUAAAAAAAACACAAUCCAAACUAAUAAACUAUUUUUUACUAAAGAUGAAGUGCCAAAUUUGA